AUGGCAUCCAUGAUCGAUAGGUCGAUUUUCACUUCUGGCGCGAAGACCUCAAUCGAAUGCUCUACCGAUGGGUCUCGUCUUUUCGCAGUCAAUAAAAGCGGAUUGACCAAAAUCUUACAGUUGAACAAACCGGAGGAAGAGCCCGAUGUCCUCGAAACUUGUCGAGACCCUACAUCAAUUGCAAUUUUGUCGAACUCCACUUUUAUAAUGGGGUCUAUGAAAGGUGAUGUCAAUCUGUACAGCUCUCAAGAAUCAGAGAGCAGGCUUUUAUUGAGGUGCGCUCUGCCAGUUCGAGACGUGGCACUUGUACAUAAUGGUAAGACAAUAGCCAUUGGCGGAGAUGAUCUCGAGGUUACACUUUUUUCGCUUUCUGACCAAUCAGAACGAGUUAAGACAACGUUAAAAGUCGAAGACCAGGUGCGCAAACUGUCUUACAACCCGCAAAUGAGCGUUUUGGCGGUUUCCCAAGUCAAUGGGAGUAUCCACUUCUAUUCAUUGACGUCAACAACACCGCGUCACACCCAUAGGCUUGACCAUUGCAUAGCCUCGCACUUUUAUAAUGACGAUUUUCAAGAUGCACUUCUACAGGCUGUCGAUCCUACAGAAGCAGAAGAAGAUUCGGACGAAGUCAAAGAUCCUGAGUAUUGCGACGAAAAUAGGGUAAGUUCUCGGGUUGAAUGGCAUCCACAUGGACUGCAAUACGCCGUUCCGUGCCAAGACAGAUCCAUCAGGAUUUACAAUCUGAAGGAUUACGCUCAAAUUAAAACGCUUACCUAUUCCCAAAUUAAGAGAGAGUUUGUUGAUAUAAGGUAUAGUCCACAAAACGGCUCCUACCUUGCAGCAAUCGACCUUGACAACAGACUAACAGUCUGGGAUACGACUACCGGUGAGGUUCACACCACCCGCGAAAUAAAGCACAAUAUUACGAACCUCAGUUGGGCUCUUCAGUCAAACGAUAGUUUGGACCUUCAUUUCGGUACCUGGAAUGGUGGUAUCAUCAGUAUCAGAAAUGUGGCAGAAAACAUAAAAAAGCCGCCGAUCCUGCAUGAAAAGGACAAACCCUUGGAGAACAAGCUUUUUGUCAAUUCUGAAGAUGAGCAUAGCGAGGCUUCCGAUCAUUAUAACCAAGCCGGUACUACAGAGAAUGGGCGUGACGACAUGGAUGAAUCGCAAGGUUUAUUCACAGACGACGAAGCAAGCGGAACUAAAAGAUUGCAUCUUAAUGACGAGGACGAUUUUAUUGACGAUGAUGAUGGCGCUGGUUAUGUUCUAAAAAAACCAAAGUACCCAGCAUCUGCAACGUACAGACCUUCCUCAUCCAACAAGGAAAUCCGCACACAAAGAUUCCGCUAUCGUCCAUACUCACCAGGAGGCACGCCAUUUGGAACGUCCGAUAGACGCUAUUUGACUAUGAAUAACAUCGGAUACGCCUUUACCGUCAAGACAGGCGAGGGUUCAUCAUCUUCUAGAAGUACCGUUACAACAUCUUUUUUCGACUUGGGGCGCUACAAAGAAUAUCAUUUCGAAGAUCUGUAUGGAUACGACCUCUGUUCUUUGACUGAAGAUGGAGCACUUUUCGCACAAUCCAAAAUUGGACGGCUGCACUACCGCGCUCACAACAACGUUGAGUCUUGGAAUAAGCUUGUUCCCCUGCAAAAUUCCGAAAAAAUCACGUCGGUCGCCGCUACCUCAAAAAAAAUAGUCGUUGGAACAUCACUUGGCUACGUCAGAACUUUCAACUUAUUUGGACUUCCACUUGAGAUUGAGAAAGUAGCCCCUGUAGUUGCAUUGGCUGCCCAAGAUUACAAGGUCUUUGCCGUUCAUUUUUCUCCGCAUCAUGGUAUCACGUAUACCUUAUUCGAACAAAAUGCCCAGACUGGCAGCAAAUACUACAACAGAGAAACAUCUUUGCCAAUCAAGCUUCCAGUAGACCUUGAAAAUGAUGAUGUUGAGGAGCUGAGCGAAACAUUCGCUGCAUUCAGUCCAUUGGGUAUAAAAUCUGUCUUUUUUUCGGCUUAUGGCGACCCAUGUGUAUUCGGAGCAGAUGACGUGCUUCUGGUCCUUUCAAGAUGGAGAUCUGUUGCGCAGAGUAGAUGGAUCCCACUCAUGGACACCAAAUUGGAGCUAUGGAAAAGUUCUAAUGGCAGAGAGGUCAAGGAUCUGCACGUGUGGCCGUUGGGCUUGACUUUUAAUGUGCUCAACCACAUCCUAGUGAAGGGUCAUCACGUAUGGCCUGAUUUUCCUAUGCCGCUACCGUCUGAAAUGGAGGUCAGAGUUCCAAUGCUCAUUAAAAGUGAAAUACAAUUGGGUCGCGAUGCGGAAAACGAACAAGAGUUACAAAUCCCAGUACAGAUGGCCGCUGAAGAGGAGUUUGUGCGUUCCAAGUUCAUGAGUGAGCUAUUGACGGACACUUUAGAGCAUGAGGGUGAAGUUUACGGAAACGAGACCCAGAUUCUAGCGUCCUUAAAUGCAGCCUACGACAAAUCCCUACUGCGACUUUUCGCGACGGCUUGUUCGGAACAAGAUAUUGGGAAAGCUCUCACGUUAGCUCAAGAGCUCAAGCAAGACAAGGCUCUUAAUGCAGCUGUCAAGAUUGCAGAAAGAGCUGAGCUCAUGAACUUGAUGAGGAGGGUCAACGAUAUUCGUGAAGCUCGCUACGAGCAGCAGUUGAAUAACGUCUGA